GCGAUAGAGAGUGCAGCUAGUACCGGCCGCGCGCUUACCAGAAACUGAAACUGAGUCAUCGUGCCGGAUUUACUCUUUAAUUUAUCACACAGGGCCCGCAGUUAGAAGCCGGGCAGAGAUAGCGGCAGACCGAUUCAGCCACCGACACUGUGGCUGGCUAGUUUGCGCCCGAGAUUGAGCAGUGCGCCUUGAGUGUUGGGGAAGUUGCCGAUUGUCUGUAUUGUUUCAAACCAGCUGCCUGCUUCACCGGCCAACAUCAGUUUUGCCGUGUGUAGGUCAGCCUUGUCUAGCGGAGCUGUCCAGUUAGGUACAGUAGCUUCAUCCCUCUCACUCGCAUCAUUUUAUCUCUGUGGGAGAUUGUGGCCAAGUUUGGAUCAUUUUUGCUCACUCUCAAAAAUGGCCGCAACAGCGUUGGAAAUGGACGGAAGCGUAAUGGAGGGGGGAGGACAGAUACUAAGGCUAUCCGCUGCCCUUAGCUGCAUUCACGGCACGUCAAUCAAAAUAAACAAGAUUCGGGCCGGUAGGAGCACGCCGGGUUUGAGGCCUCAGCACCUGAGUGGUCUAGAGUUGCUUCGUGACAUGAGUGAAGGGAUCCUGGAGGGAGCUGUGAUUGGCUCCACUGACAUCAACCUGUCACCCGGGCAACUGAAGGGCGGCAGCCACAUCGCAGACACACAGACGGCCGGGAGUGUGACGUUGUUGAUGCAGGUAGCGUUGCCCUGCUGCCUAUAUUCCCAGAAUCCCUCAGUGCUGACACUCAAAGGUGGAACCAACGCCGAGAUGGCACCCCAAAUAGACUACACACUCAAGGUGUUCAAGCCCAUCGUGGAGCGUUUCGGUGUCAACAUGGACUGCGACCUGAAGAUGAGGGGCUACUAUCCUAAGGGAGGUGGAGAGGUGAUAUUGCGGGUUAACCCAGUGAAAGAGUUGACUCCCUUCAACAUGAUUGAACGUGGUAACAUCACCAAGAUAUACGGACGCGCAUUCGUAGCAGGAGUACUCCCUUUCAAGCUGGCUAAAGACAUGUCUUCAGCGGCGGUGCGGACCAUCCGUAAGGAGAUUAAAGACCUCUACAUCAACAUCCAGUCUCUACAGGAGAAGGACCAGGCCUGCGGCAACGGCAACGGCAUCAUCAUCAUUGCAGAGUCUUCCACAGGCUGCAUAUUCGCCGGCUCCGCCCUGGGAAAGAAAGGUGUGUACGCGGAUAAGGUGGGCAUUGAGGCUGCUGAGAUGCUCCUGAGGAACAUCAGACACAACGGCUGCGUGGACGAAUUCCUACAGGACCAGUUGAUCAUCUACAUGGCCUUGGCUAAGGGCGUGUCCCGUAUGCGUACGGGUCCUCUCACACUACACACCCAGACUGCCAUACACGUCGCCGAGCAACUCACCAAGGCCAGGUUUAUGAUCCGCAGAGCAGAAGACGAGAACGCCAGCAAUGACACACACAUCAUCGAGUGCACAGGAGCCGGCGUGGAGAAUAUACACCUCUAAACAUACACACAUACACACACACACACACACAGAAACUGCUGUUAUCAUCAGCUGCCUGACCCCAACACCAACCCCCCCCACCCAAUCCCUACCCACAAUGCACUCUGUCUCAGGGUUUAGCCUCACACUGUCCCUCCCCAUCAUCUCUCAUUGGUCCCUGCUCAUCUAAUCUCCAAUCUGAUUGGUGCUCCUGGACCUCCCCCCUUUGACCUCACCGGCCUAAACACCAAUCAGGAGGGAACUUCUGCUCAUUUACUCACACCCAACCACACACACGCGCAGAUGCACUCACAUACGUGUGAUCCUUGGCACACACACACAUACACGUGUGUCCUUAUACCAGGAGGGGGGCACGACUGUUCAUUCCACAGGUAUAGUCUGUCUGGGAGGUGUCCUGUGUUUACAUGCUAAAGGCAUUAUUAUUAUUAUUUAUAGAAGAGAAGACGACUCAGCCACACACACACACACUCCCACGUGCGCACAAGCGCACCUUGCUUUGAUUUGGUUACCACAGACAUGUCUAUGUCUCUCUCUUCCUCUUUCUAUCUCUCCUCUUUAUGAGGCAUGUCACUCUUUCUCUCUGUCUCUCUCUCUCUCUCAUGACGUUAUUGUGUGUGUGUGAGAUUAUAUGGCUGACGCUGAGAUUUUUUUUUUUUUUUGGAAUCAACCGUGUGAAAGAAAUAAAGAUAAGUAAACUUCUGA